AUGCUGUUAAUUAUGACAUUAACUAAAGAGGAGGCAGAGCAGAAACGAAAGGAACAGUUGGCCAAGCGGAAGGCCAAAGAAGAGGCUGAGAUACAGGAAAUUACUGAUGCUGAAGCUGAGCAGCUUCAAAUGGAGAUAGACCAGGAGAAGAUUCAAGGAAAUGGAGAGAUUAAAGGUGCAGAGUUGGCAGGAGCAGGUGAUAGCAAGAAGGAUGGAGUGAAGGGAGAAGAUGAAGAUGAAGAGGAUGAGAAAGACAAAGGCAAGCUGAAGCCAAAUGCUGGCAAUGGCUGUGAUCUUCCCCAUUGCCGAUGGACCCAGACCCUCUCAGAGCUGGAGAUUCGUGUGCCCCUGAAGACAGCAGUGAGAUCCCGGGACCUGGUGGUGGAGAUUGGGAAGAAGCACCUCAAGCUGGGCCUCAAGGGACACCCACCAGUGAUUGAUGGGGAGCUGCAUAAGGAGAUCAAGGUGGAAGAGUGCACCUGGGUCCUUGAGGACACUCGCAACCUCCUUCUCACCCUGGAAAAGGUGAAUAAGAUGGAGUGGUGGAGCCAAUUAGUGAAGACUGACCCAGAGAUCAACACAAGGAAGAUCAACCCAGAACCUUCGAAGCUGUCUGAUCUGGAUGGGGAGACACGAAGUAUGGUGGAAAAGAUGAUGUAUGAUCAGCGGCAGAAGGAACUUGGCCUCCCCACCUCUGAUGAAGAGAAGAAACAGGAUAUCCUUAAAAAUGUCUUCAGGCCACAGCUGAAGAAGGAAUGCCACAAUGAGAAAAUGGAAAAAAGCAUCAUUUUGCUUUUGGAAAAAAAAAAGCAUUAA